ACCCGCCGCCGCCCUCCCCGCAGCCCGCCCGCCCGCCGCGUCCCCGGGGCCGCCGCCGCCACCGCGUCCGCAGGCUGAGCCCAGGCGGGCCGGCCGCCCCGAGCCGCUCCCCCCGCCGCCGCCGCCGCCGCCGCCGCCGCCGCCGCCGCGCCCCCGCCCGGCCCGCUCCCAACGGAAAGUUGGGCUGCGGCGGGCGGCGUCUGGAACCCGCGGGCCGGCAUGAGCGGGGGCCGCGGGGGCGCCUAGGGCACUGGAGGCGGCGCCGCGCGGGGGCAACUUCACCCGGGAGCCCGCGCCGCCGGGCCCCGCGCCAGCAGCCCCGAGCGGGCUCGCGGUGGUUCCUCCCGUCCCGCGGCCUCCCCCCGCCGACUCCAGGCGCGGACCUUGGUCCCGGCGGCUCCGCGGCGGUGACACGAGCCCGCGCCGCCGCCGCCGCCGCCUCCUCGGCCGCCGCCGCCGCCGCCUUCCCCGCACCAUGGAGUUCUCCGAGAGGAAAAGAAGCAGGAAAUCCCAGAGCUUCAAACUGGUGAGCCGAGAUUAUCACCAUGAGGUAUAUAAGAUCCCAGAAUUCAGCAACGAUGUGAAUGGGGAGGCCAAAGAGACACAACCCAUUUUUUUAGGAGAUGAAAGCAUGGAAAUAAAAAAGCAAAUUACAGGGAUGAGAAGACUGCUGAAUGACAGCGCCGGGCGGAUAUAUCAGCGAGUUGGCAAAGAAGGAGAGAAAUUAAAAGAAGAGCCCCAGGACCUGGAUUUAGUCUGGCCUCCGCGUUUGAACUCCUCUGCUGAGGCCCUGCAGAGCCUCCAUCCGUCGUCACGUGGUGUGUGGAAUGAGCUACCGCCCCAGAGUGGACAGUUCUCAGGGCAGUAUGGCACCCGUUCUAGAACCUUCCAAAGCCAGCCCCACCCUGCUGCAAGCUCCAAUGGAGAACUUCCAGUGGUGAAUUCAUCAGCUGGAUCAAACUGCUGUACUUGUAACUGCCAGUCAACGUUGCAGGCCAUUCUGCAAGAACUCAAGACCAUGAGGAAAUUAAUGCAAAUUCAAGCAGUUGGAACUCAAAACAGACAACAACCCCCAAUUUCCCUUAUAUGCUCCCAGCGAACUGCUGUCUCACGAAAGAGAAAUAAAAAGAAAAAAGUGCUCCCAAAGACUGUGGAACCUCUUACUGUGAAACAGAAGCCCAGCGGGUCCGAGGCUGAGGGGAAGGCGGCGGUGGCCUCUGAGCUCUCUGCUGUCCAGGCAGCUGAGCCCACCUCCCCAGAGAAGAGCCGCGUGCUAGGAUUCGGCAUUGUUCUGGAAUCACCUUCCUCAGAUCCAGAAGUACAACUUGCUGAAGGCUUUGAUGUGUUUAUGCCCAAAUCUCAGCUGGACUCUAUUCUGUCGAACUACACUCGCUCAGGAAGCCUUCUGUUUAGAAAACUGGUGUGCGCGUUUUUUGAUGACAAGACUUUGGCUAACUCCUUACCCAAUGGGAAGAGGAAAAGAGGACUCCAUGACAACCGGAAAGGCCUAGACCAAAAUAUUGUGGGUGCAAUAAAAGUCUUCACAGAAAAGUACUGUACAGCUAACCAUGUGGAUAAGCUUCCUGGCCCAAGAGAUUGGGUACAGAUUCUACAGGAUCAAAUUAAACUGGCCAGAAGAAGGUUAAAAAGAGGCUCAGCAGAGAUCGUUGACGGUGAUGAAAGACUGGAUGGUAUUUCUCUCCCACCAACAGGUAAUAUAUAUGACACCAGGAGAGAAAACACGGAGGACACAGAACCAGGUUUCAUUGCCUAGAUUUUGAUUUUAGUGACACUGUUCAGUGGCAUACGUAACUUCCGUUUGAAUUUCCGAAAAGAUCCACGUAGCAUUUCAGGUUCCUGCAAAGUGUGGGUGUUCUGUGAAGUUUACCUGUCAUGUUGAAUCGUCUCCUAUACUUUCUUUGUAAUGUGUGAUAAUCAAGCCUCCGACUGGGUGUAAGAUUUCUAAAAUCAUUUUUCGGGUUGAUUUCUUACCCUUUAAAAGCCCAGCGUAUGAUUCAGUUAGUUCAUUGUCCACUAUAAAGAAGUGGUUCUCUCUUCCCUGUUGUCAUUCAAAACCUCAAUGUGAAUAUAUAGAGCUUUGAAACAUAUUUAUUUUAAUGUAACUUGCUUAGAUGCAGUAUAAAGGAGCAUGGUUCUUUCCAGUGCUGAGAGAGCAGUUGUGAAGGCCAAAAUUAAUUAGACCUUCAUCAUCUUGAAAGAUGAAAAAGUUGUUUUGGGAGACAGGAUACCUCUGACCCAUGAGAUGAAAGCAUUCAUGACAUCAGUGCCCCCCAAAUGGCCAUUUGUAACUGAGUAUGUGCAAAUGACCUGUGAGUCCUUAGGAAAGAAAAGCCUUUUCACCUAAGUUGCAUCAACACAAUGACAAAAUAACUAAUGAAAAGGUGAGAAAAUCAAUCAAUCAUCUGCAUGAUACCUAACAGCCAUUUUAAAAAACAGAUGGUUUUAACUGAGUGGUCCAGGGUUUUGGCACCAUGUGGAAACUAGCUAAAAAUGUACUUAAUAUCAUUUACUUGGUUCCCAGUAUACUUGCCCUCUGCUUUAUAUAAAACGAAUAUAUGAAAAUCUGGAUUUAUUUUUAAAAGGUAUCUUGCCAUGAAGGCAUUUGUUUUAUAGAAAUAUUUGCCUUCAGAUUUCUUUCUCUAAUAAGAUGGUGAAUUUAAAAUACUGUGUUAUUUAGAAACAGUGCAUUUAGACUUCCUUUAUUGUAUAAAGCAAAUUGCAUUGGAUCUUUGCCACUUGACCCAAAGGCCAGAAAUUGGCAUGAAAACAAUUUGGACUGCCAAUCACCAAACCCAGGGUUCACACCUGCCUACUGGCAGUUCCAGUGCCUUCCCCUAGCCGUGGAUUUAGCAAAGCAUAGAAUGUUAAGAGCUAAAAGUUACUGUAGAGACUACUCAGUCCCACCCCUCGUUCCGCAGGUGGGGAUGAAUGAGGGUAAGCUAUUGCCAAGGGCCCGUUAAUCCCUCAGUGGCCUGGGCCCUGCCUAGAACCCCAGUUUCCUGACUACCCUGUCCAGGGUGGUCACAUCACAGUGUCACAUCACACUGAAACGCUAAACCUAGAGAUAGGAGGGGAUGCUCUGGGAUAAAUCCCUCUUCCACCAAAGACCAGCUAGUCAUCAAAGGUGACAGAAGGCAUCCCUGUGCUGUGACAAAAAGCUGGCCUUUUGUGGAAUUCAUCUAACUAGUAGACAAGUUAUGUCUCAUCUCUGUGUGUCUUAUUUUUCUUCUUUUGGGGGCUACAAGGAAGGUUUGGAGAAAUUAUUCCCACCAUACCUUUCCUUAACCUUUUUCCAUUUCUGGCCAGUAAACAAUCCCUUUCCUGAAAACAGUCUCUUUGUUUUAUCCAGUGGUCAGAUGAAGUCCUGCAGCCAGGGACUCUUGUGUUUUUUUGCAGCAUGGGUUUUAAAAUAUGUCUUCUGACUCCCAGAAGGAAGUAUUACCCAAAGGAAGGGAAAAGAUUAAUUAGUGACCUUUCACUCUGUUAAAGUAGGAUGAGUAGGUUGCCAGUAAAGGCAGAAACACUAACUCCCAACUGUGGUCUGUUAGAGCUUCGCUGGGAGCUUCAGAAGCAGGGUCUUCCAAGGCAGGGCCACGGCUUGGAGGAUGGGUGGGCUUGAGGCUUGUUCAUCUCACAGCUAUGAACAAUGAAUGGCUUCACACAUUGGAAAUACAUAUCCAAACUGCAACAGUAAAAUCAUAUUUUGUAAAUUAAAAUUGUUUACUUACAGUGACUACUGUUCAGACUUUAUUCAGAAAUCCUUUUUAUAGGCUUUCUUAGCAAAAAAAAAAAAAAUCCAUAUCUGUGGAUAACGUCUCAAUCUUCUGUAUAUAUGUUUUAUUAAUAUGUAAAUAUUUAAUUUUUUAAAAUUACUAUGUUCUUUAAAAAAGACUUCCAUGCGAGCCUAGUUGUGAAGAUGGUGUAUAACAUCGUGUUGUGAUCUCAGUUCCCAAGAUGCUGUUUAUGUCCGUUCUGGAAGAACACAAUAAAUACUUUAAUUGAA